AUGGCAUCUCUCAAUCUGUCGGCCAACGGGCCAUCGAUAUCAAAGAGCUAUCAGUCUGUCGUGAACUCGGCCCCUCCCAAGAACGGCUCACCGACAUAUGGCCAAUGGGCCGUCUUCUCCGUCUCAACCCCACUGGUCAAUGCCUUCCAGCAGGACGCUGGAAACAAAGAAAGUGUUUUGAAGGUUCAAAACACUGGCGAGGGUGAAUUGCUUGACCUCAUCGAUGAAUUCUCCGAGGGUCGUGUACAAUUCGCGUACGUCAAGGUGACCGACCCCAACACCGGCUUACCCAAGAAUGUUCUUAUUGCCUGGUGUGGCGAAGGUGUUCCCGAGAGAACCAAGGGCUAUUUCACCAGUCACUUGGCCAGCGUAUCGAAGUUCCUACACGGCUACCAUGUCCAGAUAACAGCGAGAACAGAUGAUCAUCUGUCCCCGGAGGGCAUUGUCCAACGCGUGGCAGACUCAUCUGGCUCGAAGUAUUCACCAGAAUCGCAGGCACCAGCUCCGACACCCGCACCUCGCCCACCGGUUGCCAGUAAGCCGGUUUUCACACCCUCUCGAUCAGGAGGUAUUGCCCCAUCCCCAGCCCCGGCACUGCGCCCCAAGCCAUCGGCGGCUGUAGAUGGUGAUGGCUGGGGUGAAGAUGCACCCCCAGUCACUCGUUCCCAGCUGGAGAAGGUUCAGUCUGCAUACCAACCCACAAAGGUGAACCUGCAACAGCUUAAAUCAGAGAACCAGGCCCCCGCAUCUCGACCAACUGCUUCGGCCUUCACAGAAGAUGCGAGUAAUGUAGUCCGCGGUGCUUACCAACCGAUCGGCAAGGUCGAUAUUGCUGCCAUUAGGCGCCAGGCCGCGGAUUCUGGUCAGCUGAAAGACGAUCGUCCUGCUCCUGUGAAAGGAUCGUACGAACCAGUAGGCAAAGUGGAUAUUGCCGCAAUUCGUGCCCGAUCGCAGAAACCCGAUGGCGCAAAUGAUGAUGUUUCAGCCCGGGGACCCGUUCCUCACAAUGAACCCACGACACUCCCCGAACGACCGGCUGUUAACCAGGAGGCGGAACGUCUGACCAACCUGCCAAAGCCCAAGAUUGCUAACAAGUUCGGCUCCGGCUCAUCAUUCCCCGGAACUAAACCGCCCCUUCCCACCACCAUUGGCGCGUCAUCCACUACCCCGAAUGUCCAAAUUGGAAGCGCCAGUCGAACCUUUGCGGACAAGGGAGGUAAAACACCUGCUCAGUUGUGGGCAGAACGCAAAGCCAAAGAGCGUGAUACUGGAUCAGCAGGCGAUGCACUGCCGCCGCCUCGCCCGAUUCAGAGCCAGCCAAGUGGUCCCAGCGAGUGGAAGAGUGGGUACACGGGUAAGUCUUGGGCGACCGUCCAGACUGUCCAGGAAAAGCCGGUCCCUGAGAUGGCGGACGUGAAGGCCUCCGACUCGUAUGGUGCGGAGACAGGUCACCCCUCUACCCAUAUUCAAGAUGUGCGUGACCAAUUCGCUCAGCCACCCACCCAGUCAAUCGAUAUCGAAGCACCUCCAGCUGUGCCCCAAGCGAGUCGUCCUGUUCCCGUUCCUGGUUUGCCCUCGGGUCCCACUGAGCCGGAAGAGAAGGAGCAUGAUGUGCAACAAGAGCUACCUACCCCACCGCCCCAGCCGCCACGCUCUCCCACUCCCCCCACUCCUCCAGUGCGUGAUAGCUCCCCUAUCCGCGUGGCAAUUCCUGUGAGUCGCGGGUUGGCCGAUGCACACGAAGAGCAACAGGCCCCACCUCCAGCCUUGCCGGUGCAAAGCCUCCAGGAAGCUGUGCCAAACGAGCAAGAUCUUGAAGAUGAGACGCAUGACCUGGGCCGAGCUACAGCUGAAGCCACAGUUCCUGAUCAACAGGAUCAGAAUGAACUACGCGCCGUGGUGCAAUAUGAUUAUGAGAAGGCCGAAGACAACGAGAUCGAUCUCCGCGAAGGAGAACUUGUAACUGAAAUUGAGAUGGUCGACGAUGAUUGGUGGCUGGGCGUGAAUGUUCAGGGUGAACGUGGCUUGUUCCCUGGAAACUAUGUUGAAAUCAUUGAGGGUGAUCACCUUACUUCACAUGCCCAUGAGCAAGAUUUGGAGCCUCAAGCCGAGCCCGAGCCGGAACCCGUUCCUGCGCAUGUUCCUGCGCCUGCACCUGUUGCGGCACCUGAGCCUCCCUCUGCUGCUGAAAGCCACGGUCCGACUGCAUCCGCACUAUAUGACUACGAAGCAGCUGAAGAUAACGAACUCAGCUUCCCGGAGGGUGCUACAAUCGUCAAUGUGGAAUUCCCUGACGAUGACUGGUGGCUUGGUGAGUAUAAGGGAGCGCGAGGAUUGUUCCCGGCCAACUAUGUACAGUUGGAUGAGUAG